AUGUUGGAUUCUUGGAGAAAGCGAAACGCCGAGAAAGAAGAGGAAAGAGAAGAAGUUGUGGCUAAAAAAUCGAAAACGACGGAGAAGAAAAUAGAAGAAUUGAAAGUAAAAUUAAAGGGUGUCGAGAAGAGUUUGGAUGAAACUUGUAACAAUAUUACGAAUACAAUAAGAGAGAAUUCAAUGAUGAGACAGAGAGUUCAUAUGUCAUUUCGGAAUUCAAGAAGGGCAGUUCAGAUGAAGAAAGAGCUGACUGUUCAGGUGAAGAAAACUGCCAGACUGGAUGAGACUCAGAAGUUGAAAAUUGAAAAAAUGGAAAGAAAACUUGAUAAUUUCAAAGAACAAGAUGAAGUUUACACGGAAGCGAGGGAGAAAACAGUAGAAAAUAGAGAGAAAUGGAUGGAACAACUCGAUAAUAUUCAGAAUAAUGACGACGAGACGAGUGAAGAACCACCGUCAUGGAAAACUUGUGAAAUCUGUGCAUCUCCAUUUGAAAAACUAAAUGGACGAAUUCCACGUGUUUUGAAAUGCGGUCAUACGAUCUGUACUGAUUGUGCUGAACAUUUCAUCCAAAACGGAUUUGUUCGCUGUCCGUAUGAUCGCCAAAUCUUCAAAAUCGAAAACGGAGGAAUCUAUGGAUUACCGACAAAUCGAGUCUUAUUGAACAUGUGA